GUUCAAACAGAGACACACUCCCUCAUGCUCUGCAUGGAAAGAGCUCAGAGAUUAAGGGGUUUGUCUGCACUGCCAACAACAGGGAUCGCUCACUGUUCGUAACUUGCCAGAAAGGAAGGGUUAUUCCUUUUUCUUUUUUUUUUUGUAAAGUUGCAACUUUUGAAGCCAUCACAGAUUGGACUUUGUUGCAAAACAUUCUGUGGAUAACCCGUUUUUUUCCCAUCUGCUUGUACGGGACAGGUAGAACAAAGUGUGGGGGGAAUUACAGCUGUGUGAGUCUGCUGAGUAAAGGAGCCAGAGGAUGCAGGUGCCAGCAAGGCUUUGCUUUAACUUCUUUGAAGUUUUUUUCCCAUGUCAAAGGUGACGGAUUAUGCCUGGCAUAGGAAGUUAGUUCUCCAAUGAACGACUUCAUGAGCUGAAUCUCAACAACUUCCUGGCAGAAUGUGAACAUUUGCCCAUGCUAUGCGCUUGUAUUAGUGUGUGAAUAAGUGAUGCAUGUGUGAAUUUGUUUGAGUGAAGUGCCAUGCUAUUCUUCAGCAGUGGGCCAGUGGAUGCUACCCCAAGGAGUAUAGCCAUUGACCAGCUGCAGCAGCAGGGAAAAACAGCGUAUCACAUCUCUGUAAUCCUGAAGGAAACACAGGGAGAUGUACCGGUGUCCAUGCUGGGAAUGGGCCAGAUCACCCGCACCCUGGUGGAGAGUUGCCAGCCGGGAGCAGAGGUAAUGAGUUUAAUGCCAAUGGAGAGCAGCCCCAGGCUGGGCAGGGCGCAACAGGAGCUCAACAAGUGGCCAUCCCUGAGCCGUACAGGUAGACCUGGGAGGCCAAGAGAAGAGGUUGUUGUGGAGGAGAAUGAGGAGGAGUUGGAGGAGGUGGAGGGAAAAAUGAGGACCGACAGGUUUUCAAAACAACUCGCCAAGAACUUGGGGAACUCCUCACAACAAGGAAGAGAUGUGGUAGCGAUAACUGCUCCGACAGGCACCCAUGAGCAACGCAAUCAGAGCUCAGCAUCACACUCUGUCACUGUUCAUGCCAGAGGGCUUGUGUUUGGAGAACAUGGCACCAUCUCGAGACACAGCACUCUACCGCGGGCUGUGUUGCGAAGACCACAUCAAGAUGUCACCUCACUCAGGAGGAGAACGGUGAGCAUGUAUGGCGACCCAGUCGACCCAAACAUUUCUCAACCUGAACAAGAGAGACUGCUACGCAGGCCUAGAAGUGUUUGCAUCCUGGCAGGCCCAGGCCCAGUCCUGGCGGCACCCCAGACCCUUAAACCCCUAAGGAGGGCCGGGGUAUUGGAAAACAACUUGUACAGGAGCAGGAAGGCUGAACUGAGGGCAGUUGAUGGGCUCAAUCCUGUUGUGGCUCAGCGGCCUUUGGUCUCUGCUGACGUGACCCCCAGGGUCCGUCAGAAGAGCUGGAAGCCCAGGCCUGUCAGCAUGACGGUGCUGGAGCUAAGAAAGAGGGGUUCUGAUGAUGAGAUUGACAGCCAGAGGAGCAGCAGCCACACAGGGAGUGAUGGAAGUUUUCUCAAAGGGAGCUUCCGUUGGAGGUUAUUUGGUAAAUCACCACAAGAUAAGAGCAAAGAGAAGGACAGUGACAAAGAUAAUAAAUCUUCUUCCAAAUUCAGCAGAACUGAUUCUCCAAAGAGUACACUUAGCAGUUUGCGAAGGAGCCUCAGUCUGCGAAUCAGGAGGAAUCGGCCCCGGGACAAGGUUACUUUAGGGUCUGAGGGGGAAAAAAAGGAGGGCUCUUGGACUAAAGAUACUGUCGAGGAGACAACAAUGCCUCCACGGCCUUUCUCGUACCUCACAGGGAGAAUGCUUCCAAAUUCUCAUGAGCAAAUAGAGGAUGGGGGCAUGCAAUACAUUCAUUACCACAGGAGAGGGAAGGUCAAGGUAAUGGAGGUACCUCUCUGUCCAACAAAACUGUCCUCCAAAACAGUUCUUGAAGAACCAAGCAUAUGGCAGCUCAUAGCAAAUCGUUUUAGGAGGAAGGAACAGCAACACAUUGGCAAAUGUGAGCCCCAGCAGUCACAGAGCAAAAACACUAGCCAGUAUCCCUUGGCUGGUAAUAAUAAGUCACAGCUCAUCACCAUAGAGACUCUGGUAGACACUGACUCCCACAAAGGUCAAGACUCUUUCGUCAACAGUCAGGAAUGGACAUUGAGUCGGUCAGUGCCGGAGCUGAAAGUGGGCAUUGUGGGAAACCUGUCCAGCGGGAAGUCGGCCUUGGUGCAUCGGUACUUGACAGGCACAUAUGUGCAGGAGGAGUCUCCUGAAGGGGGACGGUUCAAGAAGGAAAUAGUCGUGGAUGGACAGAGCUACCUUCUCCUGAUCAGAGAUGAAGGCGGGCCUCCGGAAUUACAGUUUGCUGCCUGGGUGGAUGCAGUGGUUUUUGUCUUUAGCCUGGAGGAUGAGAUCAGCUUCCAGACGGUCUACAAUUACUUUCUGCGCCUCUCCAGCUACAGGAACACAGCUGAGGUCCCCAUGGUCCUCGUUGGAACACAAGAUGCAAUCAGCGCUGCCAACCCCAGAGUGAUCGACGACUCACGGGCCAGAAAGUUGUCAAACGACCUGAAGCGCUGCACGUACUAUGAGACCUGCUCCACCUACGGCCUGAACGUGGAGAGAGUCUUCCAGGAUGUUGCCCAGAAGGUCGUGGCCAUGAGGAAAAAGCAGCAGCUGUCUAUUGGACCAUGCAAAUCUCUCCCUAACUCACCCAGCCAUUCAUCCGUCCCUGCUGCGUCUAUUCCUUCUGUUCACAUUAACCAGGCGGCCAACGGUGGGGGUGCAUUCAGCGACUACUCCUCCUCCGUUCCCUCCACCCCCAGCAUAAGUCAGCGGGAGAUGCGCAUUGAGACCAUAGCUGCCUCCAACACACCCACGCCCAUCCGCAAGCAGUCAAAGCGCCGUUCCAACAUUUUCACAUCACGGAAAGCCAGUGAACAAGCAAAGAGCGUUGACAGUAAAACAGACAGCAUAGGCAGUGGAAGGGCCAUACCUAUCAAACAGGGAAUCCUUCUGAAGCGAAGUGGCAAAUCCCUCAACAAGGAGUGGAAAAAGAAAUAUGUCACACUGUGUGAUAAUGGCGUCCUCACUUACCACCCCAGUUUACAUGACUACAUGCAGAAUGUGCACGGGAAAGAGAUCGACCUGCUGAGGACCACAGUCAAGGUUCCCGGGAAGCGACCACCGAGAGCGGUGGCCACCGUCGCACCCACGGCGAGUCCCAAAACCAACGGGCUGACCAAGGACCGCAGCACCUUGCAGCUGGGCAUAGGAAACACAGGUGCUCCUCACUCCAACAGCAGUACAUCCCUCCAGACGGGCGGGUCGAUAUUCGGUGGCAGUAAAGACGGCAUGCAUCAACGCUCCUUCUCCGUGUCCAGCGCCGACCAGUGGAAUGAAGCCAUCAACACGAGUACAAGCAGCGGAGCCCCCAAUGGCAUGAGCGAUCCAGCGAACUCCAGUGUCGGCAGCGCAACGAGUCCUAAACUUGAGCCGCCUCCUUCUCCUCAUGCCAACCGCAAGAAACACAGACGGAAAAAGAGCACAGGCAUCACAAAGCCAGAUGGCUUAUCUGCAGGCAAUGAAGAGCAAGAGGAUUCCUUUGAGUUCGUCAUUGUGUCGUUGACGGGUCAGACGUGGAACUUUGAAGCAUCCACGUAUGAGGAGAGGGAGCUGUGGGUCCAAGCAAUCGAGAGCCAGAUCUUUGCCAGCCUGCAGUCUUGUGAGAGCAUCAAAAACAAGUCUCGGUUAGGUAGCCAAAGUGAUGCGAUGGCCAUUCAGUCCAUACGGAACGUGAGGGGCAACAGCUUCUGUGUGGACUGUGAUGCACCCAACCCAGACUGGGCCAGUUUGAACCUGGGUGCCUUGAUGUGCAUCGAGUGCUCAGGCAUCCACAGGAACCUGGGUACCCACCUGUCACGUGUCCGCUCCCUGGACCUGGAUGACUGGCCGGUGGAGCUCAGCAUGGUGAUGACUGCCAUUGGAAACGCGAUGGCCAACAGCGUGUGGGAGGGCGCUUUGGAGAACUACAACAAGCCAGGGAGCGACAGCACCAGGGAGGAGAAGGAGCGCUGGAUCCGGGCCAAGUACGAGCAGAAGCUGUUCCUCGUAGGGCUGCCCCAGUCUGACGUGCCCCUGGGGCAGCAGCUGCUUCGGGCGGUGGUGGAGGACGACCUGAGGUUGGUGGUGUUGCUGUUGGCCCACGGCACCAAGGAGGAGGUUAAUGAGACCUACGGGGACGGAGACGGACGCACCGCUCUGCACCUAUCCUGUGCCAUGGCCAAUGUGGUCAUCACGCAGCUGCUCAUCUGGUACGGUGUGGAUGUGAAGAGUCGCGACGCUCGCGGCCAAACAACGCUGUCCUACGCGCGGCGAGCCGGCAGCCAGGAGUGUGCCGACAUCUUACUCCAGCACGGCUGUCCCAACGACACGAGCACGCUGACCUCGGUGCCCACGCCCAACAUGAGCCGCCGCAACCCCAACAUCAACAACAACAACGCCCAGUGUGAGCUCAACCGCAGCAUAAGCAUCAUGUAGGACACUGAAAAAGGAAAGAAAAUCCUGCACCCACCUAUCUCUAUCUCUUCCCUGUACUUCCUCCUGUUUCACACUGUGUAACCCAGCAUAGGCAGCAGUGGAGAGACGAGUGAUGGACCGUUGUUAAUAUUCCACUAUGCUGAAAAUAAGUGGGUGUCUGUGAGGUUCGGACAUUGUAAAUUGUUUGUUUUAUAUUAUUGUUUUUUUAAUUGUUUUGUUAAAACUCAUUCAAUCUUGAUCGGGAAAGAUCAUGAUCAGCUUUAAGCUUUGUGUUUCUUAAGCGUCAACCAAACAAAUGACAUACUUAGGCAUUCAUACCUACGCUACGAAAAGCAUUUCCUUAAUGCUUGAACAUUUCCUUUUACGUCUCACAUCCACCCCCA